AUGUGGGGCUUUCUGAGCGAUGUACGUGAGUCGGUGCGUCAAGUAGUGGCGCCUUCUCCGGGUGUGAGCAACGCAGCUAGCGCCGCCGUCCCCAGCGUCACAUCCACGACGACGAACUUGAGGGAGAUGGACUUUGAGGGCGCCGUGGACCAAGUGACAACCGGGUUGCUCCGCUUGUGGCGCAAGGUUGACCAGACGGCCAGCAAGGUCCUUCGCCAAGCCUUCGACGGAGUCUUCUCACCUCGGGAAGAGGCGGUUCCGCGACUUUUUACCCUAAAGGCAGAGGCACUCGCAUCCUUGCCGCAGGACGAACUCUUGGAUAUCAUCAGAGACGCCAUCUCGCAGACAAAUGAUCGCAUGCAUCAGGCCCUCAACGAGGCCAACUUCCUCUUGAGCCUCGGCAUUGAGGAGCAAAUUGCGCACACGAACGACUACACGGGGUGCUAUGAGUGGUGGGAUCGCACAGUAAACCGCCGUCUUAUCGUCUGCCAAGAUUUACUGCAGGCCCGCUUCAACACCUCUUCCACACAGAAGCAAUUAUCUACCGUCAUGGCCCUACGCGCACAAAUGGCGGCCAUUCGAGACGCCUCCACACAGCCCAUGGCCGCUAUCGCCGCUCGCGGCCGCCUCCUAGAAGACGAGCGCUACGACUUGCUCCAAUCUUUUCCCGCCAUUAUCCCCACCGAAGGAAGCAUGCACCCAGCACCUGUCCCUCCCCCGGCACUCGAUUACACGUUGUCCGCUGAUGACUACAACAUUCACUUGCCGCAUAGUCAACCCACUCCCACACAUUCAGUGGAAAGCGUGGGCACGGCUAUACAACAUGAGCCCUACAAGUCUCCGUUUCACCCAUUGAACACCUCUACCCCACCAGCUCCUGCGACUUCUCAACAUCACGCAAACACUGUGAUGCUCGAAGGCUGUACACUCAGCUCUUGUGCACCACAACUCCCCACCGAACAUGCCUCCCUCUUACCAGCGCUGCAUUCCACAGAGGAGCAGGCACGCCUAGAGCGCCAUGCCGAGGAGGAGCGUCUUGCACGUGCAGCGGAGGAGCAGGCACGCCUGGAGCGCCAUGCCGAGGAGGAGCGUCUUGCACGUGCGGCGGAGGAGGAGCAGGCACGCCUAGAGCGCCAUGCCGAGGAGGAGCGUCUUGCACGUGCGGCGGCGGAGGAGCAGGCACGCCUGAAGCGCCAUGCCGAGGAGGAGCGUCUUGCACGUGCGGCGGAGGAGCAGGCACGCCUAGAGCGCCAUGCCGAGGAGGAGCGUCUUGCACGUGCGGCGGAGGAGCAGGCACGCCUAGAGCGCCAUGCCGAGGAGGAGCGUCUUGCACGUGCGGCGGCGGAGGAGCAGGCACGCCUGAAGCGCCAUGCCGAGGAGGAGCGUCUUGCACGUGCAGCGGAGGAGCAGGCACGCCUGGAGCGCCAUGCCGAGGAGGAGUGUCUUGCACGUGCGGCGGCGGAGGAGCAGGCACGCCUGAAGCGCCAUGCCGAGGAGGAGCGUCUUGCACGUGCGGCGGAGGAGCAGGCACGCCUAGAGCGCCAUGCCGAGGAGGAGCGUCUUGCACGUGCGGCGGCGGAGGAGCAGGCACGCCUAGAGCGCCAUGCCGAGGAGGAGCGUCUUGCACGUGCGGCGGAGGAGCAGGCACGCCUAGAGCGCCAUGCCGAGGAGGAGCGUCUUGCACGUGCGGCGGAGGAGCAGGCACGCCUGGAGCGCCAUGCCGAGGAGGAGCGUCUUGCACGUGCAGCGGAGGAGCAGGCACGCCUGGAGCGCCAUGCCGAGGAGGAGCGUCUUGCACGUGCGGCGGAGGAGCAGGCACGCCUAGAGCGCCAUGCCGAGGAGGAGCGUCUUGCACGUGCGGCGGCGGAGGAGCAGGCACGCCUAGAGCGCCAUGCCGAGGAGGAGCGUCUUGCACGUGCGGCGGAGGAGCAGGCACGCCUAGAGCGCCAUGCCGAGGAGGAGUGUCUUGCACGUGCGGCGGCGGAGGAGCAGGCACGCCUGAAGCGCCAUGCCGAGGAGGAGCGUCUUGCACGUGCGGCGGAGGAGCAGGCACGCCUAGAGCGCCAUGCCGAGGAGGAGCGUCUUGCACGUGCGGCGGCGGAGGAGCAGGCACGCCUAGAGCGCCAUGCCGAGGAGGAGCGUCUUGCACGUGCGGCGGAGGAGCAGGCACGCCUAGAGCGCCAUGCCGAGGAGGAGCGUCUUGCACGUGCGGCGGAGGAGGAGCAGGCACGCCUAGAGCGCCAUGCCGAGGAGGAGCGUCUUGCACGUGCGGCGGAGGAGCAGGCACGCCUAGAGCGCCAUGCCGAGGAGGAGCGUCUUGCACGUGCGGCGGCGGAGGAGCAGGCACGCCUAGAGCGCCAUGCCGAGGAGGAGCGUCUUGCACGUGCGGCGGCGGAGGAGCAGGCACGCCUGGAGCGCCAUGCCGAGGAGGAUCGUCUUGCACGUGCGGCGGAGGAGCAGGCACGCCUGCAGCGCCAUGCCGAGGAGGAGCGUCUUGCACGUGCGGCGGAGGAGCAGGCACGCCUAGAGCGCCAUGCCGAGGAGGAGCGUCUUGCACGUGCGGCGGCGGAGGAGCAGGCACGCCUAGAGCGCCAUGCCGAGGAGGAGCGUCUUGCACGUGCGGCGGAGGAGCAGGCACGCCUAGAGCGCCAUGCCGAGGAGGAGCGUCUUGCACGUGCGGCGGAGGAGCAGGCACGCCUGGAGCGCCAUGCCGAGGAGGAGCGUCUUGCACGUGCAGCGGAGGAGCAGGCACGCCUGGAGCGCCAUGCCGAGGAGGAGCGUCUUGCACGUGCGGCGGAGGAGGAGCAGGCACGCCUAGAGCGCCAUGCCGAGGAGGAGCGUCUUGCACGUGCGGCGGCGGAGGAGCAGGCACGCCUGGAGCGCCAUGCCGAGGAGGAGCGUCUUGCACGUGCGGCGGAGGAGGAGCAGGCACGCCUGAAGCGCCAUGCCGAGGAGGAGCGUCUUGCACGUGCGGCGGAGGAGCAGGCACGCCUGGAGCGCCAUGCCGAGGAGGAGCGUCUUGCACGUGCGGCGGAGGAGCAGGCACGCCUGCAGCGCCAUGACGAGGAGGAGCGUCUUGCACGUGCAGCGGAGGAGCAGGCACGCCUGGAGCGCCAUGCCGAGGAGGAGCGUCUUGCACGUGCGGCGGAGGAGGAGCAGGCACGCCUAGAGCGCCAUGCCGAGGAGGAGCGUCUUGCACGUGCGGCGGCGGAGCAGGCACGCCUGGAGCGCCAUGCCGAGGAGGAGCGUCUUGCACGUGCAGCGGAGGAGCAGGCACGCCUAGAGCGCCAUGCCGAGGAGGAGCGUCUUGCACGUGCGGCGGCGGAGCAGGCACGCCUGGAGCGCCAUGCCGAGGAGGAGCGUCUUGCACGUGCAGCGGAGGAGCAGGCACGCCUAGAGCGCCAUGCCGAGGAGGAGCGUCUUGCACGUGCGGCGGAGGAGGAGCAGGCACGCCUAGAGCGCCAUGCCGAGGAGGAGCGUCUUGCACGUGCGGCGGCGGAGCAGGCACGCCUGGAGCGCCAUGCCGAGGAGGAGCGUCUUGCACGUGCGGCGGAGGAGCAGGCACGCCUGGAGCGCCAUGCCGAGGAGGAGCGUCUUGCACGUGCGGCGGAGGAGCAGGCACGCCUGGAGCGCCAUGCCGAGGAGGAGCGUCUUGCACGUGCGGCAGGAGCGAGUCUGAAGCAUGCAAUUACUUCAGUGGAGGAAAGGGAAACUGUGGAGCGGGCAAAGUUAGCGAGGGAGUCGCAGGAGAUAUUCGCAAUGCUCUACGGGAAGUUGAUGAUGAGUUGGCAGGGGAUGGUGAUGGGGACGCGUAGUCGCUCUGAAAGCCGUACUAGGGUGUUUCCUGCGCUGACUACGAGUAAUGAUGAUAGUGGUUGGGGGGAGGAUGACGAAUUUGAGGAGAUCAACAUGUCUCACUUUAAAAGAGAGGUGUAUUCUCCGCAUAGGGGGUCGAGUUACGGCGCUGUGUACCCAUCAACGCCAUCAUCUACUCUCUCUGGCUGUACCCAAUUACAGACACCGGCGUCUGCCCAACGCGAUGCUCCGAUGACACGUAGGACGCACACGCCGUCGGCAACGCCGCUGCCGGGUGCGCAAGGGGUCGGAGUGGUGGAGACGGCAGCUACCGUUCUGGACCGUCAGGCACGCGGAGUAGGUUUUCGUAAGAAGUCGCCACCUGUGCGAGUGGCAUCUGGUAGCGCAGGGCUCACGCCCGUACACCAAUCUCACGGUUGUAUCAGCCGAAGCAGCAGUCUGAGCAGCCCUUACAGCGCCGCCGCCAAUCCUUCUCUUGCCAGGCCCAGACCUCGACCUGCCGCACCGCAGAGCGUCUUCUCGAGCCCUGGCGUGGCGGGAAAGCAGCCGAAACGCCAGGUGCAAAUCGAAGACGAUGACAAAUGGGAUGAUGAUUGGUAG